AUGAAGCUUUCUCAGUGGGUACUUUGUGUCGUGCUGGUAGCUCUUGCCAGUUUUGGUGUAAGCGAAGAUCAGCUGACCCUUCAGACGUAUGGCGUCGGCUACGAAUCUGAAGACUGCGAAGACCCAGCAUUGUUUGGCGGCGCCGAGGCAUCUUUGAUGGAUUGUCAAUGCCGUGAUGCCGGUUGUUUCUUGUUUGGUGAGGAGGAAUUGUUGCCAUCCGAUGGAGGAGAUACUCCGCUUGGGCGCAGGCUUAGAAAGAAUACAAAGGUCGACGAAGGAGACAAUCUGGUUGAGCGCAGGCUCGAUACGACUACCCCAAAACCUACACCUCGACCCACCCCAAAACCUACCCCUAGACCUACACCAAAACCUACCCCUAGACCUACGCCUAGACCCACCAAGAAGAACACGAAAAAGAAGAAGAAGGCGAAGCGCAAAAGUAAAAAAGUAAAGAAGAGGAGGCCAAGAGGGAGACUUGGUUGGUGCCUUUUAGCCAUUGAAACCGUCUGGGAAAUUGCUGAAUAUGUCUUCUCUGAUGAUGACGAUGAUGGAGGACGAUUUCUUCAGGAAGAUGUGUAUGAGGUGACGUUCAAUGCAACAUGCGACUCUGGCGUCUUUUGUGACCCUCACAUCAAGCAGCUUGCGGGGGGAUACUUCGAUUACCACGGAGAAUGCGACUUGGUGUUCGCACACGCCCCAGACUUUGGUCACGGUGUUGGCUUGGAUAUCCAUGUUCGCACCACCAUUCGAUACCACUACAGCUUUAUUUCGACCGCAGCAAUCAGGAUUGGCAAUGAGACAUUGGAAGUCACCGGGUUUGGUGAGUACGUCUUGAACGGAGUGAACGAUGCUAAGUUGCCCAACACAAUAUCGGGCUACCCAGUUUCACACACGCAAGUGAACGAUAAGAAACAUGUAUUCGGCAUUGAGGUGGGCGACGGAAGUGUCAUUGAAGUGGACACAAUGAAGGAUAUGGUUUCUGUGGACAUAGUCCCUGUAGACGGUUUCUUUGGUCCAGAAAUGAGGGCGUGGCUCGGAAAUAGCACAGGGUUGAUGGGAUCCCUAGACAACGUGUACAUGUUGGCUCGUGACGGAGUUAGUACAUUCGAAGACCCAAACGCUAUGGGGCAAGAGUGGCAGGUUCGGGAUUGGGAAUCAAAGAUGUUCCAGAACCCAGAUCGACCUCCCCAAUACCCACAAAAAUGCCUUCUUCCUUCCCUGGAAGCCAAAGAAAAUCGCCGCCGCCGCCGCCGCUUGGGCGAAGGUGUCUCCAAAGAACAGGCCGAGAAAGCUUGUGGCCACGUACAAGAGGCAGAGAGGAAGAAGGCUUGCAUGAUGGACGUCAUGGUGACGGAUGACGUGGAACUCGCUGAGGGCUAUGACUAG